AUGAUUCCCAGUAGUAUCCCCAAAGCGCUUCGACAGCAGCCGACAUCUCGUUCUCAUAGUCUCAUGUCCACCGUCGCCGAGGAUAAGCUGUACUCCUCAGUGGACGAGUCGCUGGUGUAUGAAAGUGUGUUAAAACUCAUAAUUCUCGAGUACAUCACGGAAGCUAGGUUUUACAAGCCCAUUGCUGAAGACUCCAACCGCUUACGUCCCACUCAAACAAGAACUGAUGUUCGAAAGUCUCGUCUUUCACGCUUCGAGCCCGAUCUGCUGCUUCCUCCGUCUCUCGUGGCUGAUUUGAAGACAAAACUCAACCAAGUCGCCAUGAAGCAGACCACCAAUUACGAUGACCUCACGAGGCGGCUGUUGCUUCGAUUCUAUGGGGAUUUACUCGAUCCACAAGUUUUGAACGCCAUUAAAAACGUCAAUUCACUUGACAUUCUAAUGAUGAAGUUUGUCUCCGCGUCAAAUAAGGAAGUGGUCAAGAACGGGCUGAUUCCCCAGGAAAAAGUCAGCUCAGUGGUGUUUAAACAGGCCGAGCUGUUCGUUCAAAUCAUGAUUCUGUUGGUGCGGAAAGAGAAGAACUCGGAUGCCUUGGUGGCCAAGUUGGAGGAGCAUAUGGCGUCGCUCAAACCUCAAGCUUCGCCAGGAAAUCUGCUACUGCCCAAUCCUACAGGUUCCAACGUAAAGUACCCACAACCAUCUUUUCGUGUCUCCGACAUGGACCAGGGUGGCAUUAGUUUGCUUCAGGAGCUUUUUGGCUACGAUUCUUCUAAGAUUCAGGCUGAUGUGGAUCGCUUGAAAGCACUAGUGACCCCGAAAGCUUUGCAUAAGGAUGUCGAGCAGGUCUUGUUCUACAUGAGCAAAAACAUUGGUAAGCUUUCGCCGGAUCGUUUUUCCUCUGAGGACGCUUAUCAACUGUGGAAACUGCGAGAGACUACUAUGUGCGAACACCUCACCAAGAAGUAUACCGUUCUUCCCACACAGAGACUACUACCGCUACCCCCCAUGCCUCCUGGUGAGGAAUUCUACAUCAUGCCGUCAAAUACGAACAUCCAGCCCUAUUAUGUGACACUUUUGAAGCUCUGUCUCAUAAACCACCGCAAGGAGCUCGAUAUUGGCUUUGACACCCCAGAAGACGUUCUGUUGUUCUCCAACCGCUCUCGAGAGUUGCUUAACCUAUGUGCUAGGGUGUGGAGAAUUGACUAUGCGACACGAGCUGUGACUCUCUUUGUUGCUGCUCACAUGUCUGGCCUACUCGUUGAUCCGCUUUUUGCUAAUGGAACCAAUGACUUGGGUCCAAUUGAUUUGAAGACGAGCACGAGUGUCUUCCAGACCUGCAAGAGAUACUUAGACGAUGCUUCACUCGAUUGGGAAGACAAGCACUCCUGGUGCUUGAAGGACCAGAAUGAAUGGGUCAAGCACUUGGGCUACACUUAUAGCGAAGUGUUCUUUGGAAUCAAAGACUGUUUAAGUGCAAUCUUGAGCAAGACUAUGAAGCCAAAAUUUGGACCAUAUUUGGCAUUUCUUGGCGACUUCGUAGAAAGCGAUUCGUUGUUCCCAGGAGUUGCGGAAAGCGGCAUUACAUCUAAAUGGGAGAGAAAGUUGAGCAAAUCGCUAAUGAAAACCUCGGAGAUUUCUUACGCAGAACUCUUGACUCAGUUACCCCGUGAUAAAACAUUGAGCAUUAUUCACAUCCUCGAUACUUCUGACACUUUGGUGGAGAAUAUUCGAUUGCUACAGAAAAGAUACAAGCACCCGUUGCUAGGAUUUCUCAAUAUCAACAGAACCUAUGCGGAUGUUGUCACGGGGAUGUUUGCGGCUGAUGCUCAAAACAUGUUGAAACACAUCGCUGCUCAUGCCAAAGCUCGAGGAGAAUUCUUGAACUACGGCGAUGCACUUGAGGCAUACAAGUCACUUAAGGAAAUCAGAAAUAUUCACAUGCAAGUGUCAAAGUCUAAGUUUGUCUUUGACCUUGAGAAGUUCUUCUUCCCGUACCUUGAGGAUUGGGUAAAAGAAAGCACUGAAAAAAUCAAAUCGUUUGUGGUUCAGGCUGUGGAGCAGGAUACUUUUGAACCAAUCAACCUUGAGGACGACUCCAAGAAGUAUAGCUCCUCAGUUCACGAUAUCUUCACACUCAUCAAGCAUUACCUCAGCAUUUUAAAGGAUUUGGGAGCAGAUGAUUCAUAUGAGCUUGCCAGGAUAUACACUUACUUGAUUAAAGGAAUCAGCGAAUCUUGUUUAUUCUACGCACUGCUGAUUUCUGAUAUUAUUGCAGAAGAUCUCAGUCAGAGCAACACUAGAAGACCAAGUUUAACUGUACCAGCACAAAGUGGAUGGCUCGCUGAAGUCAAGAGUAUUGUGUCUAAUAUCCAGUCUUCGAACAAUCAAAUUGUGGAAGAGCCAUUUAACUUUACGCCGAGAACAUGCAUCGGACUUAAUAACUUGAGUGCUGUGACUAAGCAAUUGAGUAUUUUGGAAGAACGUUUAGACCCUGUUAAGGUGUCUGGGAUAGUUUCGAAACACAACCCUAAGUCUCAGAGCUCAUACACUAGUCAUGUUUUUUCCGUUAGAGUUGUGAAGGCUGAAGAUCUCAGAUCACCUUCUGACAGUACCACCAUCCGCCCAUAUUUGACACUUAUAGAUACUCAGGCUAGGAAGACAAUUGCCAAAACCCAAUCGUUGGACUCAGUAAACCCGGAGUGGGAUGAAGAAUUCGAAAUCACUUUACCUGCGAAUUCGACAAUUACUUUAUCUGCAACGGUAUGGGAAGACCGUUUCGGUACCCAUGGUGUCUGUGGACGUGCAUUGAUGCAGUUACAGCCUCGGAAAUUCAAGCACGAUGGUAUUCCCCAGGAGAUCUAUCUUGAUUUGGACACUCAAGGAAGAAUUCUAGUUGAAAUCGCAGUGGAAAGUGAGCGCGAUGAUGCCAUUUUUGCUAUGGGUAGGGCUCACCGGUCACUAAAGAGAAGUCAACAAAGAAUUACAAAAAUGAUUGUUGGAAAGUUCUCAAGCUUCAUCAAAGAGUCAAUGUCCAGACAAACGUUGAAGUCUGUCUGUGGAAAUAAUGGCAAUCUCAAGCCCACUGAGGAACAGAUUGAUCAAGCCAUGGCUCCCUUAUACAAUUACUUAAACUUGAACUUGCUGGUUUUGGCUCAAUAUUUGACAAAAGAUCUUCUUCUCCUGGUGAUGCUUGAGGCAUGGAAUGUUGUGGUAUCAAGUGCCGAUGAACUUUUACUUCCUAGGCUUGCCAGUGCAAGAGCCAUCAAACAUUCACUUAUUGGAUAUAAGAGUCGAAACCUGUCAGGCACAAAUCAAAAGCUUGGUUGGCAGUCCGCUGUUUCCACUGCAGUUGCUAAUGUCACUAAUUCUAUCAACAACCUUGGUUUUGGAAAGACACUUACCAAUAAUGAGAUUGAGACUGUAAUUAGCUGGCUCAAUUUCUUGUGCUUUGAUUUCUUCCACAAUGAAGGAAACGGUCCACCAGUACAUGAAUUGAAAACGGAAAAGUACCAAUCAAUUUUAUUGAUCCCAGUUUACUACGAUGCGGAGACUGAGUUUCUCAUGAGUGAAGUUGAAAGACUCUCGCCUGCUUUUCUUCAGACCUUAAGGGAUAAGAACAAUCUAUAUGUCCAUCCUGAUGCUAAUACUGCCAAUCUUCGGAGCCGAGCAGGGUCAAUUGCCAGAAGUCUGACAAUCCGUGCAAAUGCAACAGCCGAGGCUAGAGCCAGGGCUGCAAAGGAAGCCAAAGAGUUGCUGUCAGACCCUUUAAUCGCGCAAAUGUCUGCUGAAAACAUCAUUCUUCGUUUGCUCCUUGUUCGGGAUGAAAAGCAGUUUGUUGUAAAGAGAAUGGAGCAAAGAGAACGUUUAGCUCACACCAUUGCUACAGAAAGAUUAGCGAAGGCUGCCGCUGAAGGGACAUUGUAUCGCUAG